AUGUUUCGUGGAUCCCAAGAAACGUUGCGGUUGCCUUCGCCAGAGUUGCUGUGUAGCGAGACCUCGACCACUUCUGAUGAUCGUACCAAUGCCAAUAGUAAGAAUUCUGCAGUCACCUUUUGUUGCUCCGUGGCGAGUCAACAUCAUGAAUGGUGUCAGCAGCCAGAUGUUCCAACCAAGUUGUACUUUGGCUGCCGAGAAGCAUCCUAUGGAGUCUUGAAGAACACAGAACCGGUCGCCACCACCAUCAACGAGGAGAAUGGCAACUCAAGACACAAUGAACAUAAUGAUGAUAACAAUGACAAUGAUGAUGACGACAAUGACAAUGAUGAUGCCAUGGACGGCUUUUUCAUGAUUGCUGCCGAAUCGUAUCCGUACGCCUUGGCAGGACGAACUGGAGCUCAAGUGUGGCCUGGAUCUCGCAUCUUGGUGGAUGCCCUCCUGUUUCCUCGUCCCGCCACGGAUCACAAGCGACUCCAGCAUUGGCAGGCUGCACUACUACGCGAUAACAACAAUCUACGAAUCGUGGAAUUGGGUGCCGGAGUGGGCAUGGUGGGGACCUUUCUGGCCGCUGCCGGAGCGCAAGUACUGUUGACAGAUUUGCCCUCCGUCGUUACCGAAUCUGUCGUUCCCACGUUGGAAGGCAAUGCUCGCAACAACAAAACGCUCACAACCACAACAGAGCACUCAAAUUGGCUGUCGUUGCAACAACAACCCGUCUUUGGCAUUGGUCGGGGAUUUGCGGCAGCCGCACCGUUGGAUUGGACUCGACCGGUCGCCGAGCAAUUGCCACAUUGGAACCACCAAGUAGACCUCAUCGUGGCCAGUGACUGUGCCUUUUUCCCAUCCAUGGUCGAGGGACUCUUCACCACGGUGGCUGCUAUUUUCGAUUUGGCCAGCAACAAUAACAACAAUAGCAGUCAACCCAAGCUGCUGCUCAGUUGUCAGCGACGAGAUGCUCACUUUUUCACGUCUUUGGAAUAUGUAGUGGCACAGAUUCGGGCCCGUUCUUGGAAAUGCGAAUGCCUCGCCUGGUACCCGUUGGAAUUCGAGGAUGACAAGGAAAACGGCGUCAAGGACAAUGUGGAACAAGUGGAAGGCGAAAGCAAGGAAGUAUUCAUCUUUGAGAUUGCUCCUGCCAACGCUCCUAAUAGGUAG